UACGGGCGCAUGCGCAGUGGCUCGCUUGCAUUCUCACUCACAGUCAACAUGGCGGACGUGCUGGAACUUCACGAAGCGGGAGGCGAGGAUUUUCCUAUGGAUGAGGAUGAAAGCAUCCACAAGCUGAAGGAGAAAGCCAAAAAGAGGAAAGGGCGAGGUUUUGGCUCCGAUGAAGGCGCCAGAUCCCGCAUGAAGGAAGACUAUGACACCGUGGAGCAGGAUGGAGAUGAGCCGGGACCUCAGAGAUCCGUAGAGGGCUGGAUCCUGUUUGUCACGGGCGUUCACGAGGAAGCCACGGAGGAGGACAUCCACGACAAGUUCUCAGAGUUUGGAGAGAUCAAGAACCUUAACCUCAACCUGGAUCGCAGGACGGGAUACCUCAAAGGUUACGCUCUGGUAGAGUACGAGACCUACAAAGAGGCCCAGGCGGCUAUGGAGGGCCUCAACGGGCAGGACAUGAUGGGCCAGCCCAUCAGUGUAGACUGGGGCUUUGUCCGCGGUCCCCCCAAGAGCAGGCGCAGGACCGGCGGACGGCGACGCAGCAGGAGUCCCGACAGGCGACGUCGUUGAACUUCUCUCUUUAUGUACAAUUUGUGCUUUAGUGACUUCACGCAGCAGUGUUUGGAUCUGGCUCCAUUGUCCUCAUUUCCUGUGAAAAUAUUUUUGUUUUUUUUGCAUUUUAUCGCGGGGAAGUGUUUUUGUUUUAUAUGACUUUCGGGCAAGAUUAAAGUUUUAGAAAUGAUGA